ACGUUAAUCACCUACUUACGGGAUAUCUCACCAGUGAAAGUAUAGCGCACGGUAUUCUGUUACGGAAGGUUCCAGUACUUCAGUACCUUUUCUAUCUAACGAAUAUGGGUAUCGCGAUGUCGCCUUUAUCAAAUAACUCGUUAUUUAUUAGUUAUCAACGUAAUCCGCUUCCAGAAUAUCUUCAGAAGGGGCUUAACGUUUCAUUGUCCACUGACGAUCCUCUACAGUUCCAUUACACUAAGGAAGCUUUAAUGGAGGAAUACUCGAUCGCUGCACAGGUAUGGAAACUGAGUUCAUGUGAUAUGUGCGAGCUGGCUCGCAAUAGCGUUCUUCAGAGUGGAUCGAGGAAGAUAAAAGUGUCAUUCCGUCAUGAGGCACAUGUGGAUGAAUUGUGCAAUCUGUUCCGUGUUCAACACCUCACGAAUAGCGAUCGCGAAUAG